GACUAUACAUUCAGGAAGAGGUCCAUGGACCGUAAACUCUUCUGGUAGCAAAUUAGCUAGCUAGGUGAAUCUGCUGGAAAAAAUAACACCGUUCGUUCGUUAAAUCGUCGUUAAUCAUGUCUGCAAGAAACCCGGGAAUUCCCCUUGACCUGGAGUGGGUGUCCAAGGUGCGCGUGAACACCCAGGCAGUGCUGAAGAGAGCUCAGCAGAUCCAAGGACGCAACAAGAACAAGAAACAGUGGCAGGCGGCGUGGCUGCUGCGGGCGGUGACCUGUAUUGACCUGACGACCCUGGCUGGUGACGACACGCCUGGCAACGUCCACCGGCUGUGUAUGAAGGCUACCCAGCCUGUACGCACUGACCUGCUGAAGAGCAUGGACAUGCAUAACGAAGGUGUGACUACUGCAGCAGUGUGUGUGUACCCGUCUCGUGUGGCUGAUGCUGUGAAGUCCCUGAAAGCAGCCAACUCCAGCCUACCUGUGGCCUCAGUGGCGACAGGUUUCCCUGCAGGCCAGACCCCUCUGAAGACCAGGCUAGAGGAGGUCCGUAUGGCCGUAGAGGAUGGAGCUAUGGAGAUAGAUAUAGUCAUCAACAGGACUCUGGCCCUCACUGGACAGUGGGAAGCCGUGUAUGAUGAGGUGUGUCAGUUCAGAGAGGCCUGUGGGGAGGCUCACAUGAAGUCCAUCCUGGCUAUAGGAGAGCUGGGGACGUACACUAACGUCUACAAGGCUAGUCUGGUGGCUAUGAUGGCUGGGUCAGACUUCAUCAAGACGUCAACAGGGAAGGAGUCUGUCAACGCUACGUACCCUGUCGCCAUAGUGAUGGUCAGAGCCAUCCGGGACUACUUCCUGAAGACUGGACAUAAGGUUGGUUUUAAGCCUGCUGGAGGGAUCCGUACAGCCAAGGAGUCGUUGGUGUGGCUGACACUGAUGAAGGAAGAGCUGGGAGACGAGUGGCUGAGCCCUCACCUCUUCAGACUGGGCGCUAGUAGUCUAUUGGCUGACAUAGAGAGACAGAUCUACCAUUACGUGACUGGUCACUACGCAGCCUAUCACCAGAUGCCCAUGGCCUGAAACCAUGGUUACCAAUUCAAAGUGACCAAUCCGAAACCUCACCAAAAUCAGCCUAUCACUGUGCAGAUUGCUUACAGGUUCCUCAAAGACAUCUGUUACUGUACUUGUCAGGAAUGUGUUCAUUUGAGAAGAUGACCCAGAUCAAGUGAAGGAAAGAGCCGGCCAUUUCACUGUAUACAGUUCAUACAGUACUUCUGGAUUAUCUUACUCUUUGUGCCUUGAGACCGUUAACCGGUAUUGUUUCAUCCAAACAAUGUGACAUUAUUAUCCUGUAAUAAUUGAGUGAGUGUUGAUGAGUCAGUCUUAAUGAAAACAGAAAACUGUCAUGAAAUUAGAACGAGCAUGAGAAGUAGUUUUAAACUUGUAGUUAUGAGAAUACUAUAUUAUACACAAUAUAAAGCGCUCAAUUCAGUUUUCCGUCUCAUCCAAUUACUGUCCUUGCUGUAAAGAGAGAAUGAAACCCAUUAUAAACACGUAUGGUUGGACAUCUUGUUGAAGAUGUUGAGGCAUGAUUAAAGACCAUAUACACCAUCAAA